AUGGUCUACACAACAUGGUCUACACAACAUGGUCUACACAACAUGGUCUACACAACAUGGUCUACACAACAUGGUCUACACAACAUGGUCUACACAACGGGGUCUACACAACGGGGUCUACACACUGUGUUGUACACAACGGGGUCUACACACUGUGUUGUACACAACGGGGUCUACACACUGUGUUGUACACAACGGGGUCUACACACUGUGUUGUACACAACGGGGUCUACACACUGUGUUGUACACAACGGGGUCUACACACUGUGUUGUACACAACGGGGUCUACACACUGUGUUGUACACAACGGGGUCUACACACUGUGUUGUACACAACGGGGUCUACACACUGUGUUGUACACAACGGGGUCUACACACUGUGUUGUACACAACGGAGUCUACACACUGUGUUGUACACAACGGGGUCUACACACUGUGUUGUACACAACGGGGUCUACACACUGUGUUGUACACAACGGGGUCUACACACUGUGUUGUACACAACGGGGUCUACACACUGUGUUGUACACAACGGGGUCUACACACUGUGUUGUACACAACGGGGUCUACACACCGUGUUGUACACAACGGGGUCUACACACCGUGUUGUACACAACGGGGUCUACACACCGUGUUGUACACAACGGGGUCUACACACAGUGUUGUACACAACGGGGUCUACACACCGUGUUGUACACAACGGGGUCUACACACCGUGUUGUACACAACGGGGUCUACACACCGUGUUGUACACAACGGGGUCUACACACCGUGUUGUACACAACGGGGUCUACACACCGUGUUGUACACAACGGGGUCUACACACCGUGUUGUACACAACGGGGUCUACACACCGUGUUGUACACAACGGGGUCUACACACCGUGUUGUACACAACGGGGUCUACACACCGUGUUGUACACAACGGGGUCUACACACCGUGUUGUACACAACGGGGUCUACACACCGUGUUGUACACAACGGGGUCUACACACCGUGUUGUACACAACGGGGUCUACACACCGUGUUGUACACAACGGGGUCUACACACCGUGUUGUACACAACGGGGUCUACACACCGUGUUGUACACAACGGGGUCUACACACCGUGUUGUACACAACGGGGUCUACACACCGUGUUGUACACAACGGGGUCUACACACCGUGUUGUACACAACGGGGUCUACACACCGUGUUGUACACAACGGGGUCUACACACCGUGUUGUACACAACGGGGUCUACACACCGUGUUGUACACAACGGGGUCUACACACCGUGUUCUACACAACGGGGUCUACACACCGUGGUCUACACAACAUGA